AGGAAGAUGAACACAACUUAAGUGCAUUUUAGGAUUUGACUCCUGACGGGCUGGAUUUUGUCUUGGUAGGAGUUUUUGAAGAUCCACGCAGUGGAAAAAGAAGCAGCCAAUGGCUUCAGAAUCCAUGGUUCCAGAGCAGGCAAAACAACAGCUGAUAAAGGGAAAAAGGCAACAGCAACCGCAGCAGCAGCAGCAAAAUAGAUCUCCCAGCAGUGACGGUGAAGAUGACAUUUUUGUCUUUGAAGCAAAUGAAGCCUGGAAAGAUUUUCAUAGCUCCCUUCUUCACUUCUUCGAAGCUGGAGAGCUCUGUGAUGUUACACUGAAGGUUGGGUCAAAGCUUAUCUCCUGCCACAAACUGGUGCUGGCUUGUGUUAUACCUUAUUUCAGAGCCAUGUUUCUUUCCGAAAUGGCUGAAGCCAAGCAGACAUUGAUCGAGAUCAGGGACUUUGACGGCGAUGCAAUAGAAGACCUUGUGAAGUUUGUGUACUCCUCUCGGCUUACUCUGACGGUGGAUAACGUCCAGCCGCUCCUGUACGCUGCUUGCAUUCUUCAGGUGGAACUGGUAGCAAAGGCGUGCUGUGAGUACAUGAAGCUGCACUUCCAUCCCUCCAACUGCCUGGCAGUCAGAGCAUUUGCAGAGAGUCACAACCGCAUUGACUUGAUGGACAUGGCCGAUCAAUAUGCUUGUGAACAUUUUACAGAAGUAGUGGAGUGCGAAGACUUUGUGAGUGUGUCACCACAGCACCUCCAUAAACUCCUGUCCUCCAGCGACCUGAAUAUUGAAAAUGAAAAGCAAGUUUACAAUGCUGCUAUCAAGUGGCUGCUAGCCAACCCACAGCAUCAUGCCACGUGGCUGGACAAAAUACUUGCACAG